AUGACGGCGUCUUGCGCGCCGCGCGCGGCACCUCCCUGCCGCCCCGAGAGCCACUUCUCUUCUUGGGGCUUCGUUGGGGUCCUUUUGGGGGCCCUAGUGCUCCUGCUGCCCGUGUUCUCCGAUGCCUGUGGUCCGCCGCCAACAUUCGACAGUAUGCAGCUCCAGGGUAGACCUGAAUCCCUUUAUUUUCCUGGGGAUAAAAUACGUUAUGCGUGUCGCAGUGGAUACGAGUACGUCUUUCCUUAUAGACUCGUGACUUAUUGUGAGCGUAAUAACUCAUGGUUACCAAUCGGAGAAGCUUGUGCAAGAAAACAAUGUCCAACUCCAGAAGUCAAAAAUGGUGAAGUAUUCGCCCCAGAUGAACUUUUUUCAUUUGAUUCAGAAGCUCACUUUUCGUGUGAUGAGGGUUAUUACUUAAUUGGAAAAAAUAUUCUAACUUGUAAACUUGUUGGAGAUAAUGUGCAAUGGAAUGGUAUUAUCCCACGAUGUGAAAUGAUUUAUUGUUCAUCACCUGGAAAAAUAAAAAAUGGAAAACACACCAAUAGCUACAGGAAAAUAUUUGAAUAUAAUGAAUUAGUAACUUACAGUUGUAAUCCUUCAGAUGGGCCAGAUGAAUAUUCACUUGUUGGAGAGAGCAAGCUUAUUUGUUCUGGGCCUGACACAUGGAGUAGUGACCCUCCUGAGUGUAAAGAUCCUGAAAUCCCAAUCCAGAGGGUCAUGACCAGCGUUUACUUCUUCAGAAGUAGAGUGGAAUGGGAAGUACCAGAGUGCACUGUUGUCAAAUGUGAACUUCCAGUACUUGAACAUGGAAGACCGGUAUCAGGAAUUAGAGACAACUUUUCCUACCAAGCAGUGGUUGUAUUUGAAUGUCUCCAGGGUUUUUACCUUAAUGGCAGCCACAUAGUGUUCUGUGGUGGUAAUAGUACUUGGGAGCCUGAGAUGCCAACAUGUAUUAAAGGUUUCAAACCCACUCAUCCAACCAAGCCUCCAGUUUGGAACUAUCCAGGAUAUCCCAAUUCCCGUGAAUUUCCAUCCCUUGAAGACUUUGAGGAUUUAGAUGGAGGAAUCAUUGCUCUCAUUGUUGUUACUGUACUUGUUGGCGUUGCAGUAGUUUGCACUUGCCUGUACAGAUGUCUUCACAGAGAGAAGAAAGGGGAAACAGAGGUUAGCACUGCAGACACCACCUACAAGGAUAAUUCAACCACUCCAGCAAAGCAGAUGCAGUAAAUGGUAACUUCUUAUAACUUCUUGGUGAAUUUAAAGAAGCUAUAAAGUUUAUGGAUGGCAUUUGUUCUUCACCUUUUUUAAUAUCAAUAAACCAGUCUAAGGAAUCAGUAAGGAUUCAGAAUCAGUUGCUACUUCUGUAAAAGUUAGAGAGCUCUAACCCCCAUAACAAGACGCCAGCCCGUGGUACAGCGUGAGCACUGUGGCCUUGUAGUUUUCUUAAAGAGAAUUCCAUCUUUAAGAGACUU